AGCCCAUCCGCCCUCUACCUUUAUAUAAUAAGAAAAACUAAAUCGAAACCCUGUGUUUACUCUCUCAAUAACGAGUCUCUUUAGCCUCAUCCCCAUGAUAAAAACCAAAACACUUCACAAUCCUCUUCUCUUCUUCACUGCAAAACCAAAACUCUCCAAUGCUUAGAGUUAACACUCCCAACUCUUAUACUCCUCCUCUUCUCCCUCACUUUCGCCGCCAAUGCCUCCGCCGUUCCUCAACAAUUCAAAGAAGCUCCCCAGUUUUACAACUCCCCAGACUGCCCUCCGUGUGAUCGACAUGACCCUUAUUCAGAAUCAGACGGUGAUGAUCACACCAUCAUUGUUUUCUCUUUUUAGGACAAGGAUGGAUAACGUCUCAAAUUUGAAAAUGAGACACCGUGACUGAUUGGCAGGUAGAAUUCUCCAUUCCAAUUGCUGGCGUGAUUUAAGUUUCUCGUUCCAAAGAAAUCGACUGUGCGUUUAGGGAGAGUCUGCCAUUGUUGCUUAGUUGCCAUUGCCAGUCUGAUUGGAGGUCCUCUUCCAGUUGCUGGAGGUCGAUUCUGGGUUACUGGAGCAACUCCUCCAUUGCUGGUUUACCAUAUCAAACUAGUUCUAAAGAAUAAACUCUGGCCAAUUAUGGGAAACUCAUUCCGUUGCUGAUUAGUUUGCUGCCGGCAACUGGAUUGUGAAGCCCUUCCAAUUGUUGCUGUGAUUUCCAGCCUGGUUUAGAAGCUCUCGUUCCUUUGCUGCUGUCACUUACAGAAGGAAAAGAAGAAGAUUUGGCAUUGUUUGAUCACAACAAGAAGAUCCAAUGAAGUUCAGCUCACUCAUUGCAUCCCAGCUUUUCAUCUUCAUCCUUCUGGCAAUUAGCGCGUUGCUUCUUCCAUGUAUAGUGAUCCCAAGUUGGUACAAGAUCGUUCAGCACAUGAAAGAAAAAGUUGAUUUGAACGCUAACAUAUUACGCUCUGGAUUGCUAUUUCAAAUAGAAAAUACAGCUAAACUGUUGCAGCCAAUAAACUCGUCUGCAGCAAAUUUAGCAAGAAUUUUGAGUUCAUCUCUCAAUGGAAGUGAUCUCUCGCAGUUUGACCUCCAAAAUAAGGUUACUCCAAUAUUAUUUCAAACAAUUUCAAUAAUUCCUCACAUAUCGCAGAUUUCAUAUAUUGGAUUGGAAGGAAACAUUUUUGCGUACUAUGUCGAAGGUAACCAGACAUUUGCAAUGUACUCUAACUCUACAGCUUCUUCCAAUUCAAGUUUCACAAACGAGCCAGUCAAAUACACUUGCUAUAAGCAACCUGUAGACACAGACACAGGAAGGCUAUAUGGAGAUGCCUCUGAAUCCUGGUUUAACAUUUUGGCUAAUGCAAGCUGGAUUCAAGAAGCUUUAGCAAGUUCUAAUGGAUAUGCCUCGUUAGGAAAUGGUUGGAACACUGCCCAUGAUCUUCUCUUGCUUAAUUCAGUUACUAUACAUGGACAAGGUGUUAUCUCCUUAGGGUUUCCAGUAAAAGCACUCAUCAGUUUCUUCAUGGAUAUUGAUCUUUAUGGCGGAAGCCUGUACUUGGCUGCACAAAAUGGGGAAGUGCUUGCAAAUGGGUUGCCAAACACUCAAAUUGUGGUAAUUGGAAAAUCAGUUUCCUUCAAUUUAUUUAAGCCUAAUGGAGAUCAAAUUAUUGUUGGAGAUGUUUCUUGCGUGCCCAACAAUGGGGUGCUAAGACCUUCAAUUUUGAAUAUCGGGGAGAUGAAGUAUAGAAUUUUCUGUUCUCGGCUUCAAAUUGUGGGAGUGCAAUCGGUAUAUGCAUUGGCUUUCCCAUAUAAUGGAUUUGCAAGUAACGUUCAUAGGAUCACCAAAAUUGCUCUCAUUCUAUUGAUGGUAAUGAUAGCUGCAGUCUUCAUCUCUAUACUUAGUUUUGUAUUGUUGAUGGUUAGGGCUGCAACCAGAGAGAUAUACUUGUGUUCAGCAUUGAUAAAACAAAUGGAAGCAACUCAACAAGCAGAGAGAAAGAGCAUGAACAAGAGUCUAGCCUUUGCUAGAGCUAGCCAUGAUAUUCGUGCUGCCCUAGCAGGUAUUACUGGAUUGAUAGAGAUAAGCUGUGAAGAAGCUUGUCCAGGUUCUGAAUUAGAAACAAAUUUACAUCAAAUGGACGGUUGUGCAAAGGACCUAGUAGGUUUAUUGAAUUCUAUUCUCGAUACGAGCAAGAUGGAAGCUGGAAAGAUGCAGGUUGAUUCAGAAGAAUUUGAUUUAGCCCACCUUCUUGAAGAUGUAGUAGAUUUGUUUCAUCCUGUGGGUAUGAGAAAAGGUGUAGAUGUUGUGCUAGAUCCCUGUGAUGGAUCUAUUCUUAAAUUUUCCCAAGUAAAAGGAGAUAGGGGAAAGUUGAGACAAGUCCUUUGCAAUUUACUCAGCAAUGCUGUUAAGUUUACUUCUGAAGGGCAUGUAUUAGUUCGAGCAUGGGCCCGAAAGCCUGGUAUAGAAAACAAUAUAAUUGCUUCCAAUCGGAAUGGUUUCUGGAAACACCUUUCUUGCAGGUUUACUGAAAACAAAGAAGAUAAUGAGGUGGAAGCCAUGAAUUCAGUGAAGCAAAAUCCAAAUUGUAUGGAGUUUGUGCUUGAGGUGGAUGACACAGGUAAAGGAAUUCCUAAGGAGAAACAAAGAUCGGUCUUUGAAAAUUUUGUUCAAGUUAAAGAAACAACACUUGGGCAAGGAGGCACUGGCCUAGGACUUGGAAUAGUUCAGUCUUUGGUACGUUUGAUGGGUGGAGAUAUAAAAAUUGUGGAUAAAGAGAACAGAGAGAAGGGAACUUGCUUCAGGUUCAACACUUUCCUUAUUGCAUCAGCUGGGAGUCCUUCAACCAGUAAUACAAUGUGUGAUAUUGAGACUGGAUUUUGUAACGCACAUCAGUAUUAUUCAGUUUCUACUCCUAAACUUAAAAUCUGUGGCUUCAGUCCUCGACUGUCGAAACUUAGUUCUAGUCCCAAGACUGAAGGAUCCCAUGUUGUUCUCAUGAUUCAAACUGCUGAGAGGCGAAGAAUUGUACACAAGUUUAUGGAGAGCUUGGGAAUAGAAGCAUCGGUUGUGAGAAAAUGGGAAUGCCUUCAUUCUACAUUAACAAAGAUAAAAUCUGAGCAGAAUGUUUCACCUUACAAAUCUUCAGAAAGAUCAGAUUUUGGUUCCAGGAGUGAAAUUUCUAGUAGCAAAUCAAAAGAUGUUCCUUUAAGUGCCUUGGAUGGUAUAGAAGAAAGACUACCUUCUCAAAGAGGUGGAGGCAAUUUUAGACAUUCUCGAAGCUUUAUAUUGCUCGUUAUUGAUACUAGUGCUGGACCAUUUCAAGAACUCUAUGGAGCUGUAACUGAAUUUAGAAGAGGCCUUCGAAGAUCUUAUUGCAAAGUUGUCUGGUUAGAUAAACCAACCUCCCGUAGCAUCAACCCUGGAAGCCUUGAAGAGGACAUGAUCCAUCCAGACGAUGACAUUUUGCUGAAACCUUUUCAUGGGUCUCGCUUGUAUCAGGUAAUUAAACUUUUACCAGAAUUUGGGAGUACCUUGCACCAUAGAGUUCCAUCGGCCAAAACCAAGAGAGAAUUUACAUAUCAUGGUGGAAAAUUUGUUAGAGAUCCCGGAACUUCAUUAGCAAUGCAUUCUCGUAGCCGAAAAAGAUCAUCAACUUUGCAAUAUUAUGGACACUCGCUUCCGCUUGGAGAAGGCAGCUCAAGGAGGGGAAAACACAGGAAACAAAGACAUUAUCUAGCCAGAAGAUAUUCAGUUGGAUCUUCAGAGAUGGAAGUAGAACAAGAAGAAGAGAAAGUAGAAGAAUUUCAUGGUAACCAAAGCAAUGAUAAACCCUUGAGUGGGUUGAGAUUCAUGGUUGCUGAAGAUAAUUCAUUUUUACGUAAUGUGGCCAUGGUUAAUCUAUCGAGACUCGGUGCAUCUGUUGAGCUUUGUCAAAAUGGAGAGGAAGCUGUACAACUAGUCCUUCUUGGUUUACAAGAACAAAGGAAACAUGAAGCUUACUCCACUUCUCCUUAUCCUCCAUAUGAUUAUAUACUAAUGGACUGUGAGAUGCCAGUGAUGAAUGGUUAUGAAGCAACAAGACAAAUAAGGGAGGAAGAGAGGUCUUACAACAUUCACAUACCCAUUGUAGCAUUAACAGCGCAUACUUCAGGUGAAGAAUGGGAGAAGAUGAGGAACGCAGGAAUGGAUUACCAUCUGUGCAAACCACUAAGUAGGGAAAGUUUGCUGGAAGCCAUUAGACACAUUCAUGAUGGGCCGGCGCCAAAAAACUUUGACUUGGUAGGGAAGCCAGGUUGUUUAUGUGAGCCUGAUUCACUGCUCAAUGGCUCUUCUUCCAUCACAAUUUCUUCACCAUUGCACUUUCCCCGAAUGAAAUCAAAUAAACCUACUGUUGAUUUCAGGUCUUUUGCCAAACAGUACUUUUCAGAUAGCCAAUCACGUAAUCUUGUCUUCGAUGAUGCUUUGGCAGCUACCGUUCUUGAUGAAGAAGCUCCUAAAUUCUCUAUGUAUCCUAAGCAAAAUGAGAGAACAAAUGCAGAUAAAAAUAACCUUUUGCAAAUCCCAACCAAUGGUAGUGAAAUUACUCAGUUACCUCUACAAGUGAAAGUUGAUCGAACAAUUGCCCAAGAUGGAAGUGUUCAAAUUUUUGGACCAUAUAAUCCUUCCCAGAAUGUUAAACAGUCAACAAACGGGGUGAAAGAUGCCAUCCAUUUAAAGCACAUCCCAACUAUGGGGCAUAAAGAUGUUCAACCAGUUCUUGCAUUGGCUAACAGAGUGGAUACUAGUAAAAUUUCAAGGUUUUCUGAAGGUGGUCAACUGGUUUCUAAUAAAACUAGUAAUGAGCUUUCACUUAAUGUGGAAGAUUUGGACAUUCCAUGGAGUGAUCUUGUUCUGAAGGAGAGAAUUGGAGCAGGUUCAUUUGGAACUGUUUACCGUGCGGAUUGGCAUGGCUCGGAAGUUGCUGUGAAAAUUCUUGUAGAGCAAGAUUUUGAUACUGAACGCAUCAAGGAAUUUUUAAGGGAGGUUGCAAUAAUGAAACGCUUACGACAUCCAAACAUAGUUCUUUUCAUGGGUGCGGUUACUCAGCCACCAAACUUAUCCAUAGUGACAGAAUAUUUAUCAAGAGGUAGCUUGUAUAGACUUUUGCAUAAGUCUGGUGUAAGAGAGGUAUUGGAUGAAGGGCGCCGGUUAAGUAUGGCCUAUGAAGUGGCAAAGGGUAUGAGUUAUCUUCACAAACGCAAUCCUCCAAUUGUUCAUAGAGAACUAAAGUCUCCAAAUCUAUUGGUUGACAAAAAAUAUACAGUGAAGGUUUGUGAUUUCGGGCUAUCUCGUCUGAAAGCAAACACAUUUCUUUCAUCAAAGUCAGCAGCAGGGACUCCUGAGUGGAUGGCACCAGAAGUUCUCCGCGAUGGACCGUCAAAUGAAAAGUCGGACGUGUUCAGUUUUGGUGUGAUAUUGUGGGAGCUUGCAACACUGCAACAACCAUGGAACAAUUUAAAUCCUGCACAGGUUGUAGCCGCUGUUGGAUUUAAAGGCAAGAGACUUGAUAUUCCACGGGAUUUAAAUCCUCAAGUUGCCAUCAUAAUUGAGGCUUGCUGGGCAAAGUUUGUUCAAGUUUUUAACUCUAUAACAACUGAUUACAGGAUUUGCCUCAUGACAUUUUUGUCAAUGCAAGUGUCUUUGCUGCAGUGAGACUUGGAAGCGGCCUUCCUUUACCAAUAUCAUGGAAUCUUUAAGGCUGUUGAUCAAACCUCCAACUGGUCAUGCAGAAAUGCCAUUACUUAUGGAAGAGUGGUAUUUUUUGAUACUCUCAGGCGCACCUUUCUAACUUCAACUUUUUCUUUAACAUAGUUGCUGCUGCCAAAAGUAAAUCUAUUCUAAUGUAGAUACCAUCAAAUUGUUGGAAAGAUGAAUAGCAGUUUAAAAUUUCUGUUAGUGCUCAUUCUU